CACUUAUUUUAGGUCUUCAAUGGAUCAUAAAACAAUGUUACUUCCCUCUUGAACAGAAUCUUGGCUAAUCCCAUAUUUUUUUUCCUUGUGACAAUGCGUUUUUCUCUUUGAUUACAUAUCGAUAGGAAACUGCUGUGCGACAUAUCAGUUCAUCACUUGAUGGUGACAAAAAUAUUUUAACAGUUUUAAAAUAAGAGACCAUGUUGACUGCUGUACAUCGAAUUAAGGAUAGUGUUUCAGAUACUGUUAGCAGAAUUCGUAAUUCUUGGGCAGUGGACAAUAUUCAUGUUCAAAGGAAGAAGAAAGCCACAUUUGACACAGCAAGUAAGAUUUCAGAGCCCAGGCUUGGGGAACAGUACAGGGCCAUAGCUGACUAUACGAAAGAGGACAAAUGGGACCUAAAUCUGAAAGCUGGCACGGAGGUCGAGGUCAUAGAGAAAACGGAAAGUGGCUGGUGGUUUGUCCACGUUCAGGACCAACAAGGAUGGGUGCCCAGUACUUAUCUAAAACGGGCGGACGGUACCAAAGAGGAACUGAGUGAACGGGCGAGGCCCGGGGAAGAGGAACAGUUCAUUUGCACCGAUGAUUACUACCCCGCUAAUUCCGACGAGCUGCCCCUGGAGAAGGGGGCAGUGGUGGAGGUAGUGGAGAAAAAUCUGGAUGGCUGGUGGUGGAUCCGAAAAAAUGGAAAAGAGGGAUGGGCACCUGCGACAUACAUGAUGAAGGCUGAGAAAGCUCACAUGGAGAGAGUCGCACGCGCCUCAGGAGUCCAGAUAGUGGGGGGACUACAGGACAUCAGUGAUCUAAUGCAGGACGAAGGGGAUGACUCGUGGGAUGACGAACCAGACCCCCCGCCCCGCCCCACUAAACCCUACCUGUCUAAAAAGUCCCUGUCCCUAGAGAGAGGAGGAUCCAUCAGGCCCCCUCCCAGACAGAGCUCUAUCAAAAAUAUUAAAAUAGAUAUAAAACCUCCUAAACAGAAGAAAACUCAGUAUGUAACUAUUGCUGACUUUACUGACACAGUUGGAGAUGGUAUCAGCUUCUCGAAAGGUGAAAAUGUUGAGGUGAAGCAGAAGACAGCUGAUGGUUGGUGGUUUGUGAAGAUAGGAGGUAAUGAGGGCUGGGCCCCCUCUACUUACAUAGAGGGCAAGGAGAUGGCAGAUAUACAGGAGGAUAACAUACCUAAUGAUGUACGUUACGAUGAAAACUAUUCUGAAGUAGCUAUUGAUAGUGAUGAAGAAGAUUAUGAGCAUCCAGACACCUCGAUUCGCAACAAUGAAUACGAAGAGGUUAAAUAUGAAGUCCCAGUCAAUAAUAAUAAUGAGGAGGGAGAAAAACCUAAAUUUGUGUUUUCUAAACAGCCUGAUAUACCCAAACCACCAGAUCUGGUGAAGGAGAAGCCUGAAUCUGUCCGGCCGACUAGUCAGGCUGAGUUGAGGGUCAAGAGGAAUGCCAAUGCCAUAAAACGGCCAACUUCCAGACCCCCUCCACCACCUGUUGGAUUUGUAGCAAAUAGGGACAGCAGUCCAAAGCCUCCCCCCAUAGACCGCUCCUCUCUGGCUGCCGCUUUAAAGAAUAAAUUAGAUACAAGGAUAUCAGAGGAGGUGUCAAAACCUGAUUUAGAAGCAAAGUCAUCUAGCUCAAGUUCAGAUUCUGACAAGAAACCAGUUCUACCACCAAAAUUACCCAUGAGACCGGACAGUGUAGGACAGAACUCUCCUAAACUCUCAGUGCCGCCACAAGUGCCAAGGGAGAGAAUCCAUAGCGAUGGUGGGAAUAAUUUAGCUGAAAUACUGAAGGCAAAAUUUGAAUCUCGGAAAACCACAACUGAUGAAAAUGACAAUACAGAUAGUUCAAUUUUUAAUACAUUCCCCAAAAAGACUGGUGUACAGGUUUCCCAGCUGCCUCUUAGUCAAGCAAGAUCAAAUCCUGAUUUUUCAAACAAAACAGUUCCAAAACCAGAAAAGCCAGGAGUACCCCCUAAAUUUGAUAAACCUGCUGUUCAUCUGAAACCAGCAAAGAAUGAGGCAGCCCAUAAAAGACUGAGCAUGCAGGAGGAAAGUUCAGAAUUAGCAAAUGCUUUACAAGCAAGGCUAAGGAGACAAUCAAAUGUUGAAGUAAUAACAUCUCAACACUAUAGUGCUGUAGAAAAACCAAAGAAAUCCUUUCCAUCAAAGCCUGUAGUUCCAGAAAAAACCAUCAGUGAGAACAGGACACCAAUUCUCCCACCUAAAAUAGAAUUGAAUAAGACAGGGGGCAAAGAGGAUUCUAAAACAGCUGUGACAAAAGCAAACAAAACUGACAAGAACGUUCAGCCAGGUUGGAAAAAAGAAUCAUGCAAGCCCAAGUCAAAACCACCUGUUCUUGCAAAACCUAAAAAGCCAGUGCUACCUAAAAAUGAAGUGAAGGACAAUAAAAAUGUGGGGGGUUCCCCUCAGUCUCUUGUGAAAUGCGGUUUUGCAAAGGAUCUGGCUUCAAAGUUAUCUUCUAAUCUUGGAAAAGAAGACACAAAUACUGACUGUAAACCCGCAAUACCGAAGAAAUCCCCAAUUGUUAAAAAAAUAUAUGGUGCAAAAUUAGAAGACUCUGAGCAAGGUAAAAUAUCCUCAAAAUCAUCUGCGUCAUCGCAAUCCUAUAAAACUAUUGCAAAAUAUCAAGCAGAUGGAAAUGGGGAAAUUUCAUUUGAAGAAGGAGUGGAGUUAGAAGUGUUGAGAAAAACUGAGGGUUGGUGGUUGGUGAGGGUGGGAACCAGUGAGGGAUGGGCCCCAGCCACUUACAUUGAGCCUUGUGGGUGUGCACCGAGAUCCCCUUCCCCUAUUUGUGAUUCUGGAUUUACCUCCCCUGAAGAGGGAAGUAACUCUGUCUCUUCAGUCAAAUACAAAACUUGUGCAGAAUUUAUUCCAGAGAGUGACACAGAACUUGGAUUUAAGGAGGGCUGGGUGGUAGAAGUGCUUGAUUCAUCUGAGGAUGACUGGUGGUAUGCCAGGGUUGAUGGGAGGGAGGGAUGGGUACCAGCUGAAUACCUAGAGGAAGUGUGAUAGAAUAUGGGGUCACCUUAAAAAAUGUAUUAUUGCCCUCUCUCGACUAAGUCAGAAAAGGGCAAACAAGCAUUAAUUUAUAGUUGUCUUGGGAUGUAUGAAUAAUACUUGUGGUUGAAUAUCAUUUAUGUGCAAUAUUAUUUAUCAUACUACAGUAUUUGCAUUGGCAGAUUUCUUAUUUUGAGAAUUUUUUUGGCAGAUAUCGAAUGCAGACACUCUUAAUUAAUUGCUGU